AUGCCUGCCCGCUGGGACGGGGCAAGUAUCGUAGUUGCGGAUACUGUUGUCAUUUCCAAGCCAUAUCGUGUGGAAGAUUGCCGCUCCUUGAUGCCUGAAAAUGGCGGCCUGGAAAUGGAACGAAAGAAGAUUGAAUUGCGAAACGCUUUUCCCGACCCUCCGCGGGCCGCCGACUCUAACCCAAAUGCUAGCUGUCCUGGCGGUGCGUCCGCGAGCACUCCCAGAGACCGUGACCGAGACCUACGAGCAGCGGCCGUAGCAGUGCCAAGAAGUAAUCCCCGUUCAUCCCCUCAGUCAAACGCGCCAGCCAGUGGUCAGAGGAAGGGCGGUUAA